GUAUAUCACAAAAUGCUUCGCAAUCGCACUCUCACCGGCUGUGGAACGUGUCGUUCUCGCCAUCUGAAAUGCGACGAAACACGCCCCGUCUGUCGAACCUGCCAACGCCUCAACCUGGUGUGUCAAGGCUACGAACCGCGAUUUAAAUGGAUCGACCAGGAUCAGAAGAGCCCUCCUGCCGAUGAAUCGGAGGUGAAGACGUUCAGACGGCCAUUAUUCCAGUCGGAGGAGCAAGAGUUGAUGACACGCAUCACCGCCGACAGCCUCGGGAAACUGACGGCGAAUUCUGCGCUGGCCAGGCUGGAGAACGAGCAGUUCAAGACGGCGGAUGGGGUGGACGGGGCGGAUUUCGAGGUGUUCAGGGGUCCGUUUGGGGUGUUGAGGAUGUCUGAAAUGCCAGUUGAUGUUCCUGUUCCGGUGCCUGAGGCUGUUCCUGAACCAGAGGUGGACGUUCCAGAGGCCAUCGACGUGGAGGAAAUUGAGGCUAUCCCAGAAGAACCACUUCCAGCCGAGCAAUUCAACGACUGGGAGAUGAUGUGGCCCAUCCAUGACUCGGCCAUCGACUCUCUGCCUCUGCUGGAUGACACUCGCACUGAUUAUCCCGACAUCUUCACCCCAUUCGACAACCCCGACUCUUUCCCUGCGUAUCUAUCCCCAAUGCCGUUUUUCGAUCUCCCUGGCACAGAAAUCAUCCCGUCGCAAGCACCAUUCCUACUACGCCACUUUAAAGAGAAUAUGAUAUCCCUGUCGUUUCCGCUGCGGAAUUGUCGGAAAUGUCCGUGGCAGACGAUUCAUCUGCCCAGUGCGAUGAGCACGUAUGCAGAGUUAAGUAUCUACAAAACAGCCAGCCAUACGAAAAUGUCGCUUUUCUACUCGUUACUUGCGGCGAGCUGCUUUCAUCUGUCGACGCAGGCGCAGCGAUCGUUUGAUUGGGAUAAAUUGGGGAAUACAUAUACGGAACUGGCGAAGCAGAAGCUAAAAAGAGCCUUGAAAGAGGAGGUGAUCGGACCAAAGAAGGCGAGAUAUAAAGAGCUGCUCAUGGCUCUGCUGUCUCUCGUGAUGCUUGCUAUCCUCAAUGGCAAAGACAUCGACGCGCAGGUCCUCCUCAUCGACGCAGAGUGUCUCAUUCGCAUGCGAGGACUGCCCAAACCACGCAAAUCUGUCAAACUACGAUCCCUACACCAUGUCUACACCUAUCUGCGCAUCAUGGCCGAGAGUACCUGCGGCUGUGCACUGUUGAAGAUGCGCCCGGACCGACCGUCCUCAAGUCUCUUCUCACUCGAAUCAUCGUAUCUCACACCGCGCAGCUUCCGAGUCGCAGACUACUCCACCGACGCGGAUCUGGAUAUGCAGUUGGAGAAGAGCAUCGACAUGGGCUACAACGACAUCCACCUCGAGGUGAUGGGCACGUGGAAGGAAACGCUGUAUCCAGAGAUAUACGGGAUUCCAGAAUCGCUGAUGGCCCUGCUCUCGCAGACGAUCCGACUCGCCAACGAGCAGGAUCUCUUGCAUGAGAAUUCCACCAUCAACACCGACAUCGCGAUGAGUCUCAACCGGCGCGCAAAACUUCUCGAAAAACCCAUCCUGGCGUGGGAAUUGCCCCAUCAAUCACAGUCUCUCGAUGACGUCCUCGCCGAAGGAGAUGUUGGACGUACCAGCGCAACUUACUACAUGGUUCUCGCCGUCCACCAAGCCCUCAUCCUCUUCUACUACCGCCGCAUCCGCAACAUCCACGCCUCCAUCCUGCAAGAAACCGUCCGAAAAACACUGGGGUAUCUGGUGCAAAGCGACCAAGCCGAUCGAGGAUGUGCGAUCCCCUGGCCCGGUUUUCUGGCUGCGUGUGAGGCGUUGGAUCCGCAGUUGCAAAGUGAAUUAGCCGGGUGGCUGCGGUCGACGGGGCAGAGGACGGGGUUGCGGUCGUUUAUUACCGCUGCGGAGACGGCGGAGAGGGUGUGGAGGGCGCGGAGGGACCGGGAGGAUUAUACGCUGAGUUGGUUGGAGGUGAUGAAUUCGAGCCAGUCGGCGAUCAUUGCCAGUUAAUUUUCUGUUUUGUUUUCUUUCUGUUUAUCAUCGUUUGGCGUUGACUAUUUCGUAUCUUAUCGAGUCUGGUGUUUGGUAAGUUUGGGUGGGGCGGAGUCACCUUCCAUUUCGGUUCGACAUUCUGGAUGCGGUUUUGUAUAGGAUAAGGAGUUUCUUUUUUCUUUUUGAUUUCUUUUGAUGACUGUAGUCGUUACCAGCUUCCAUUCAUGUAUACUUAUAUCAUCGAUGAGGGGUUGAGGGGUAGAGGGUAUGGAGGGGUUGAAGAUAUAUAGAUCCAUCAUCACCAGCUUACAUCUAUUCAUCUUAAGAUACUAACAUCC